AUAACCACCACCACAAAACGGGCGAACAGUCGGCCGGCGCCUCCGCUCCAGUCCCCGCCCUCCUGCCACCUGCCGCCGCCCGGGCAGUGUCGGGCCCACCGCCGCGCGGCCCCGCCCCGAGCUUGCCCCGCCCGAGGGAGCGGGCGGACCGCGAGCCGCGCCCUCUGGCCAACUUUCCCCGCGGCCACCGCGCCGCCUCGCGAGACCCGAGGCUGGCCGUGGCCGCUUGCUGUGCCGCAGGAAGAGAGCGGCCGCCGCGGAGGACACCCGGCCCGACUCUGCGGGCGGCGGCCCUACCUGGGCGCGGAGGGCGGCGGCGGGCCCCGCGGCCUCCUUUCAGUCCGGUGGAGCCUAGCGGAGGCCGGACCUGGCGGGGAACACUGCACCGCGGCCGGGCCCCCAGACUCCAGUGCCGCCACCGCCAGUCAUCCUCGGUACAGGCAAUGGCCUUUGUAUCGCGCGACGCACUUGUGACUGACUUGGACACGGAAUAUUGAGAACCCGCUCGCUUCCGAACCUACCGCAGUCGCGCUGGGAGUAACCACCUCGGCUCCUUUGGGCUCUUCACUGCUGCUCCUGACUGUUUUCGGCAUUGGGGGCACCAUGGACCAAAGUGGGAUGGAGAUUCCUGUGACCCUCAUCAUUAAGGCACCGAAUCAGAAGUACAGGGACCAGACUAUUAGCUGCUUUUUGAACUGGACCGUGGGGAAACUAAAAACGCAUCUGUCCAAUGUCUACCCUAGCAAACCAUUGACGAAGGAUCAGAGGUUGGUGUAUUCGGGCAGACUGCUUCCCGAUCAUCUGCAGCUGAAAGACAUUCUCAGAAAACAAGACGAGUAUCACAUGGUCCAUCUCGUGUGCACUUCCCGGACUCCUCCCAGCUCUCCCGACUCCAGUGCCAGCACAGAAGGUCACGAGGGGCUGGCGUCCAGCAGCAGCAGUUCUGAAAGCCGAGACUCGGAGAGUCCAGAUCAGUCAGGAUCAACAACUCCACCGUCCAGUGCGGAGACUUUGCCACUAGCUGUCAGCGCCCCCUCGGAAGGGCUGAGGCAGCGCAUCCUUCCACAAGUGCAGACCGACCCGGCCCAGAGUCACCGGUUCCCGUACGUCGUGCAGGGAAAUGUAGACAACCAGCUUCCCGGACAAGCCCUGGUGGCCGGAUUCCCCGUGUACCCUGCGCUCAGCCCACUGCAGGUGCUGUGGUGGCAGCAGAUGUAUGCGCAUCAGUACUACAUGCAAUAUCAAGCUGCAGUCUCGGCUCAGGCCACACUGGACGCCACCCCCGCCCAGUCCGUGCCUGCACAGUCUCUGAACCUGGCACACGUUCCUGGUGAAGAGCCCCCGCCUGCGCCAAACCUGGUGGCUCAAGAGAACCGGCCCAUAAAUGAGAACGUGCAGAUGAACGCGCAGGGAGGGCCGGUGCUGAACGAAGAGGACUUCAACCGGGACUGGCUGGACUGGAUGUACACGUUCUCCCGCGCCGCCAUCCUGCUCAGCAUCGUGUACUUCUACUCUUCCUUCAGUCGCUUCGUCAUGGUGAUGGGGGCCAUGCUGCUGGUGUAUUUGCACCAAGCUGGAUGGUUUCCUUUCAGGCAAGAAGUAGGCCAGCAGCAGGCUCCCCGCAAUAAUGCAGAAGUUAAUGACGGGCAAGAUGCAAACAACCUAGAACUUGAAGAAAUGGAGCGCCUUAUGGAUGAUGGUCUUGAAGACGAGAGUGGAGAGGAUGCAGGGGAAGAUGCUGGCACACUCCACAGGCCAGGGCUGAUGGCGUCCGCGUGGUCUUUCAUCACCACCUUCUUUACUUCGCUGAUACCCGAGGGGCCUCCCCAGGCUGCCAAUUAGGCCCGAGAGACUGCCAGCUGCCAAGGAGGGUCUGACUUGAGGACCGUGUUUUAAAUAACAGUGCAAUUUCAAAAAAAUUUAUUACUUCCUUCCCAUCAUCAUGUACAGAGGUGUUUUUCUUUAAGUUUUUCCCACAUAUGAAUAGUUUAAGCACAAUGGACUACUAAAUGUGUGAUUUUUUAAAAAAAGAUCCUAACAAAACGUAGCGUAACAAUAUUGGUCUUCCAGGUUUAUUAAUUUCAAUUAUGUGUAUUAUACCAGACAGAUCUAUAUGUGCAUCUUAUUUCUUUAAAGAGCUGCUUCACAUAGAAGUAUCUAUAAUAAGCCCGCCCUUCAAUCUGUAAUUUGAAUAAAUAUUAUCUAUUUUCUGUGAAUUAUCCUAAAAGUUUUAAACAGAACGACCUCAUAGUUUUUGAAGGAUUAUUUACCUAAUGUGCUAGUAGCAUCUUGCCCAACCAUAAAGCAAUAAACUUCUCAAUAAUCUUAAUUUUGACAUUUGAAUAAACAAUGGGAACUUUCAAUUUUAAGGGCAAGUGUCCCAUCAUUUGGAAUUGGUACCUUAAAAAAGGCAGCUCUUCAAUGGAAUUAAUAGUGAUAUAACAUGUUUGAUAUAAGCAGUACUUUUAUAAAAUACGAUAUGCUGGAAAUCAUUCCCUGUAAUUUUUUUAAAUAAAAGGUUAAUUGUGGUAAA